GUUUUUAAUCGGUGAAGAACAGUGAAGAACCCGGCAAAUCAGCAAUUGUAGUUCCAUGUAUUUCUUAUUUACAAUUUGUAGUUUCGUCGGAAACAGAAAGAAUAUCGAACGUGAAUCGACCGUGAUUCUAUUUGAUAACUGAUAGCUGAUAAUUCUAUUUAUCUUCGUCAACGCUGAUAAACGGCUGUAAACAGUUGUAAAUGUUUCUUGGAGAAAGGGAAAGCUGAGAACAGCUGAGAAGACUUCAUUCGUCUUUGCCUGAUCAGUCGAGGUACGACCGACGAAGAUGCUACGACAAUUGACACGCGCACGGCGAUGCACGGACCUGCUGCAACAGUGCUCCGCGAUCCAGUUUGCGAACUCCAGAAGGGAGAGUUCAGAGUUCAAAGACGAUGACAGCAAGAAAUACCGAGAAUUUGUCGAUACUGUCCCUCCAAAGGAGAGAAUGCUGAAGAGUUUCAAGAAAGAUUGGAAGCUGCUGAAGCGUGUAUUCUCUAACAGAGAGUUCUCUGAUUUUGAAGCAUUGUGGAAAGGAUACGAUGUAAUUCCUACUCAAUGCGACGUACUUAUUAUUGGUGGUGGUGCAAUUGGUAGCUCAAUAGCAUAUUGGCUGAAGCAAAAAAUCUAUAGAGAUGAAUUCAAAGUUGUUGUAAUUGAGAAAGAUCCUACGUAUACCAAGGCUUCGACGACUCUGUCAGUAGGUGGUCUCCGUCAACAAUUUUCUCUAGAGGAAAAUAUCCAAAUGUCAUUGUACGGCGCAGAAUUCCUGCGAAAUAUCAACGAGCAUUUAAGUGUACCCGGAGAACCGCCUAUCGAUGUGAAUUUUCAUCCCUAUGGCUACUUAGUAUUGGCGAGCGAAGCGUGCGCCGAGACUUUAGUACAGAGUUCUAAACUGCAGAAUUCUCUAGGGGCAAAAAAUACCGUUCUUACUGCAGAGAAACUGAAAACCACGUUUCCUUGGUUAAACACCGAUGGAAUUGCGGCAGGUUGCCUUGGGCUGGAAAAGGAAGGAUGGUUCGACCCGUGGUCCCUCUUAUGUGCCUUAAAAAAAAAAGCUAGUCAUUUAGGUGCUCAAUACGUCAAUGCCGAAGUGAAGGCUUUUCAGUAUAAGACUAUUUUAGGAAGUUACGAUCAGGACAUGAAUCCUGAUAAAAGAUUAGAUACUGUAGUUAUAAAAACGGACGACGGUGAUAUUAGAACAAUAAAGUUUUCCAUAGCUAUUAUUGCAGCGGGCGCAUUUAGUGGCGAUGUAGCCGAGUUGGCUGAUAUCGGAACAGGCGAAGGAUUAUUAUCUAUACCUUUACCAGUUGUACCUAGGAAAAGAUAUGUAUAUUGUUUCCAUUGUCCUGACGGACCUGGUUUAAACACACCUUUAACGAUUGACUCCAGUGGUGCAUAUUUUAGACGAGAUGGUCUGGGAGGAAAUUUUAUCUGUGGAAAAUCGCCAGAACCGGAUGAAGAGCCGUCAGUUGAGAACUUAAAUGUGGACCAUGAAUUUUUCGAAAAUAAAAUUUGGCCUUUGCUUGCUCACAGAGUACCAGCAUUUGAAAAUUUGAAGGUGAAAUCUUCGUGGGCUGGAUACUAUGAAUAUAAUACUUUCGAUGAAAACGGUAUUAUCGGUCAACAUCCUUACCACGAAAAUGUAUAUAUCGCGACUGGUUUUAGUGGACAUGGUAUCCAGAAGGCACCCGCGGUAGGAAGGGCGAUUUCAGAACUACUUUUUCAUGAUAAUCGUUAUAUAACUAUAGAUUUGUCCAAAUUAGGUUUUGACAGAUUCUUAAAGUCAGAACCUAUGAGAGAGGUUCAUGUCUAUUAAGCAAUAAAAAAAUGAUUUUGUUUUUGUUUAUACUUGUUUGUAUCAUGUAUCAUACAAAUAACUUUGCACAAAUGUAAUGCAAUUAUAGGAUAGAUUUGACUGCUUAUGUGAACAACAUAAUAUGUAAAUAAGCUCCAACUAUGGUCGAGGCUGGAUCUUGAUGCCUAAUAAAAUAGUUAAAUGCAUUAUCUUUUAAAAUUAUAUUAGCUUUUUUUCUCCAGAUGAUGUAUAUUUAAUCUUUAUAUAUCAUAUAAAAUCGGACUAAAUAUUAAAGAAUAUUAGAAUAAAAAUGAUAUUAUCGACUAAUCUUUUCAUCGCAAUGUAUAGUGGUUUUAGUGGCGAACAUCCAGAAGGCAUUCGCGGUGGGAUAUGCGAUGUUGAAGCUGAUCUUUUACAAUAAUUGUUUUAUCGUUACAGAUUUUAUCAAACUAAAUUUCGAUAGAUUUUUAAAGUCAGUACUUAUGAAAGAGACUAAUGGAACUUGGGCAACAGAACAAUGAUCUUGAAUUUUUUAAAAUAUUUAAUUCCAUGUAUCUCAUAUAAAUUAUUAAAAAACUUAAAGGCACCUUUUUAAUAAUCGAGAUAUUUAAAUGUAAUAAUACUUUGUAUUAAAAUGCAAUUUUUACAAGAGUAAUCUUGAAAUUUAAUUUACAAUGACAAAAAUAUAUAAGCAGCACAUAAUAAAAAAAAUUUAAUGUGUAUUUAAUUUAAAGGUGCACUUCCUCUUUCACAGAUAAAACUUGAUCCAUAUAUGUUGCAGCAUCAGUUUCGCCUAUAUCUUGUAAUAUAUUUCGCAAUUCGCUGAGAGAUGUAUUGGUUUGUAUCUGUAAAGAAAUAAAACAUAAUUCACUGAUU